CGCAUUGUUUGUUUCAAAGGAGGAAUCUGGGCCGAGCCGUGGCCGCCGAGCAGAGACCUGGGGCGAGCUAGGGUGAUCACACGGAUCUCGGGGAAAGGUGGCGGUUUGUCGACUAUUACUCCGUUUCUUAUUAACGGCUGCUGCACCAGGGCAGGAAUCGUAGGCUAGAAGCGCUGGAGAGUCGUGAAAUCUUUUGUGAGCGGGGCCGCGGCUCGUUCGCGGCGGUAUCCGCCGUCGGAGGGAGGCUCGAGAGAGCGAUCGGUCGCCAUUAGCCGCUAACGAGCCUGUCAACUGUCCGCUUCACACAGGUCUGUCAAAAUGAGGCGAAAAGGACGUUGGCACAGGGUUUCUGCACCACCCAGAACAUCUACAUCCCCAUGCAGUGUUAAACAUUCCCCCACCAGGGAAACCUUGACAUAUGCCCAAGCCCAGAGAAUGGUCGAGAUAGAAAUUGAAGGCCGUCUGCACAGGAUCAGUAUUUUUGAUCCUUUGGAUAUAAUUUCUGACGAUGAUCUCACUGCUCAAGAAAUGACUGAAUGCAACAGCAAUAAAGAGAAUAGUGAGCAACCGCCACAAGUUUGUCUACGGUCAAAAAGGCAUAAAGCUUGUAAUGGUAAAAAGAAAAGUGAAGUUCUUCCAGUCGCACAUGGAAAUUCUACCACAAGCGUUCUCCCAGAGCCCAAAGUACGUGUCAUUGAAUGUAGUCCCCCCUCUGCUCCCAACAGACCUGCUGCCUACUAUAAAUUUCAAGAAAAAUCAUCAGAAGAGCUAGAUAAAGAAGUAGAAUACGACAUGGAUGAAGAAGACUAUGCAUGGUUGGAAAUAAUAAACGAGAGACGCAAAAGCGAAGGAUUUUCUGUAGUUUCUCAAGACAUAUUUGAGUUCCUCAUGGACAGGUUUGAGAAAGAAUCUUACUGUGAAAAUCAAAAACAGGGUGACCAGCAGUCACUGAUUGACGAAGAUGCAGUUUGUUGUAUAUGCAUGGAUGGGGAAUGUCAAAACAGUAAUGUUAUUUUGUUUUGUGAUAUGUGUAACUUAGCAGUACAUCAGGAGUGUUACGGGGUGCCAUACAUACCUGAAGGGCAGUGGCUUUGUAGGCAUUGUCUUCAGGCCCGUAAUAUACCUAUUGAGUGUGUGUUGUGCCCAAACAAGGGAGGUGCCUUCAAAAAGACUGAUGAUGAUCGAUGGGGACAUGUUGUCUGUGCUCUCUGGAUACCUGAAGUUGGGUUUGCAAAUACAGUUUUUAUUGAGCCCAUAGAUGGUGUAAGUAACAUUCCCCCCGCGAGAUGGAAACUAACUUGCUACCUCUGCAAGCAAAAAGGUAUAGGUGCCUGCAUCCAGUGCCAUAAGGCCAACUGCUAUACUGCGUUCCAUGUCACCUGUGCUCAGAAGGCUGGACUGUACAUGAAGAUGGAACCAGUUAAAGAAGUGACUGGAAGCAGCACAACAUUCUCUGUUAAAAAGACUGCUUACUGUGAUGCCCACACUCCAUCAGGAUGUGUGAGGAGGCCAUUAAAUAUUUAUGAAGAGCCAGAUUCCAAAAAUGGCAUUUGUAGAAGAAGUAGUGACAGAUCAGUCAGGUCAUCGUCAAAAGUGAGGAAAAAAGCUCAGAAAGCAAAGAAAGAAGAAACUGAGACUUGCGCCAUUCUCCCAACAGUCACAGUACCGGAUAUUCCACCGCAAACAAUUAAUAAAAUAAUGAACCAAGUAUCUGUUCAACGGAAAAAACAGUUUGUUGAGAAAGUACACAGUUACUGGCUCCUGAAACGAAUUUCUAGGAAUGGCAUUCCCUUAUUGAGGAGGCUUCAGUCCAGCUUACAAUCACAGAGAAAUAUUCAACAGAGGGAAGAUGACGAAGAAGUACAGUCCUUGAAAAAGAAAUUAAAAUAUUGGCAGCGGUUAAGACAUGAUCUUGAAAGAGCGAGGUUAUUAAUCGAACUCAUACGUAAACGGGAAAAGCUAAAGCGUGAACAGGUUAAAGUGGAACAGGUUGCUAUGGAGCUCCAGCUGACGCCGUUGACUGUAUUGCUGCGAUCUCUUCUUGAACAGCUACAGGAAAAAGAUCCUGCUCGAAUAUUUGCUCAUCCUGUUAGUCUCACAGAGGUGCCAGAUUACUUAGACCACAUUAAGCAUCCCAUGGAUUUUUCUACCAUGAAAAAACGGUUAGAAGAUCAGAGAUAUAAGAACCUUAAUGAAUUUGAAGAGGACUUUAAUUUGAUCAUUGAGAACUGUAUGAAAUACAAUGCAAAGGACACCAUUUUCUUUAGAGCUGCCGUGAGGUUACGAGAUCAGGGGGGUGUUUUAUUGCGGCAAGCGAGACGGGAUGUUAAUGCCAUUGGCUUUGAUGAUGAAACAGGCAUGCAUUUACCCGAAAGACCAAAAACCGAACCACCACAGCAGUUUACAUGGGAUGAUGUUGACAAGCUACUGAACCCUGACAACAGAGCGCACAUGUCCUUGGAGGAACAACUGAAAGAGCUCCUGGAAAAACUAGACAUGACAUUUGCAAUGAAAUCAAGUGGAUCAAGAAGUAAACGAUUAAAGUUGCUUAAAAAAGAAAUUAAUAACAUACGUCAAAUGCUGUCGCAGCAACACGUCCAGCCUCCGCAAAUAGAAUCUGGUAUUGGAAGCUUUGAAGAGGAGAAUGGAUCAAUAAUAGAAAACGAUGGUGAAGAGGAUGGAGAUAAAUCUCCCCCUAAACUUGAACCAUCUGAUGCAUUACCUCUACCUUCAAACUCGGAGACUAAUUCAGAACCGCCAACUCUCAAACCAAUAGAACUCAAUCCAGAGCAGAGUAAGCUAUACAAAAGAGUCACAUUUGAUAACGAAUUACGUAGUACUACAUUACAGACUGAAAUGGUAAAUGGACACAACCCAGAACAUUUACUUAAGGACAGUAAUCUCAGUGAGUCGUCAGAUUCUGAAGUAGCGGAAUCAUCAACUGAUGUUAACAGACGCACAUCCAUUCUCUUCCGCAAAUCAAAAAGUGUAAGCCCCCAAAAGCCUGCAAAGAACAAUGAAACCCAGCCGAGUUCUCCACAGCUAGGGACCAAAACAUUUUUGUCUGUAGUCCUUCCAAGGCUGGAGACACUCCUGCAGCCAAGAAAAAGAUCACGGAGUACAUGUGGAGAUUCAGAAGUGGAUGAGGAGUCCCCAGUGAAACGUUUGGACUCAGGUCUCUCAAACGGCUUCGGAGAAGGCGAAAAAGAAAAAGACUUCGAGCUGCCACGAGGACGGAAGGUUGAGCCUCGGAGAAGAUGUGCUUCAGAAUCAAGUAUCUCUUCAAAUAGCAGCUUGAUGUGCACUCCACCAAGUUUUAGUUUGCCCAAGUGCGGUAAGGGCAAACCUGCUCUUAUACGGCGCCACACCAUAGAAGACAGAAGUGAAUUAAUAUCAUGCAUUGAAAAUGGCAACUACGCAAGAGCAGCAAGAAUUGCAGCAGAAGUUGGUCAGACAAACAUGUGGGUGUCUGCAAGUGCAACUGCAUCAUUUCUUGAACCUUUAAAAGUUGUGUGGGCUAAGUGCAGUGGUUAUCCUUCUUAUCCAGCACUGAUAAUUGACCCUAAAAUGCCACGGGUUGGCUGUCAUCACAAUGGUGUUGCAAUACCAGUACCACCGUUGGAUGUAUUGAAAACUGGAGAACAAAUGCAAACAAGGGCUGAAGAAAAGUUGUUUUUGGUUUUGUUCUUUGACAAUAAAAGAAGCUGGCAAUGGCUUCCUAAAUCAAAGAUGGUUCCACUUGGGAUCGAUGAAACUAUAGACAAGUUGAAAAUGAUGGAAGGGCGAAAUUCAAGCAUUCGCAAAGCUGUGAGAGUGGCUUAUGAUAGAGCCCUUAACCAUUUGAGCAGGGUUCAAGGAGAAUCUGUUAGUGACUUCAGUGACAUUGACUAAUGAAGGUGCUACAAAGAAACAACAUGCCUCAUGUACUCUAAGCUUUACUUCUAACCUCUUCCUCUGAAAGAAUGUAUUGAAGAUACAAUUCCGAAUCACUGAAUGGAUGAAUAUGUUCUAUUGCGGAGCAUGACUUUUGCUGCCAUUCUAUUGAUUUUAUCUAUUUCUUGUAGUUCAGAGGAGCUUCCACUAAAGUUAUUAAAUGUCAUGUUUAUAGUGUUCAUAAUCUGUACAUAAUGUAUAUUGGGAAACACUUAACUUAUUUUGAUUUUGAGCUAGUUCUUAAAUUCCUGUUGAAGAUUUUUUUCUUAUUUCUCAGUGAUUUUGUUUUAAAAUGUAAAACAUUGGGUUGAGCCUUAGCACCACUUUACAUGAAAUGGUUUUGUAAAACUGCUGGAUUGGGGAAAAUAGCAAUGUUUAAAAUAUAUUUAAAGAAGUACUGCUACCUAGUGUGUCCAUUUGUCAUAUUUUGACUACUGUAUUUAAAGGAGUAUUUUAAAGGAUGAAAUUUCCAUUGAAAAGGGUGCAAUGUGCUAUUAAAUAUGAAUUUAUUUUAAUGUACCUGGCAUUUAAAUGUUAAAUAUUGUAUUUGUUACUUAUCAUGCUUUGUUUAAAGUUCUCCAAACAUAUUUUACAUAAAUACAGGAUCUUACACCAUAUACUUAUUGAACAUUUUUGUAGAUUUUUUUCUACAAUAUUAUAUUCUAACAGCAUAUCCAGUAUAGAAUCUUAAUUUGCUUAAAAAAAAAGCAUGAUAAUGCAUCAGAACUUUUCAGAUUUUUCAUUGUUGCACUCACUUUCUGCCCAAAGUUGAUUUUUUUUUUUUUAAUUUUUUUAAGUGACUUUUUAUGUUUUUGGUUCAUCUUUUGGAGAAAAGGGUUUUGAGCACAUUGUUCUCUUAAAAAAACAAAAAAAAAUCCCACUACCUUUUCCCCAGAGAUUUUAUUUUUUUUAUAUACAUAUAUAUAAAUAUAUAUAAAUGUAAUUGUAUAUGUGUCUGAGCGGUUUGUUUAAAUAGUGUUAAUUUGCUUUAAAUUGAGAAUUUUGUCGAAUUAAUAUUAAUGUGUUUUAUUGAAGGCACAUACAUACAACACUUAUAUGCAUCAAAAUCAGUUAUGAAAUAUGAAAUUACAUUUGAGUGGGGUUUUACUUUUUAUUUUUUUCUUUAUCUCUAUAAAAAAAAAGGGGGAUUUAUGUAACCUAUUUAGAAAUGCUUGGUAGCAAUAGACCUUUGGAUACAUUUUGUAUGGUACAUGUCAUGUAUAUAGAAUUAGUACUAUUUUUAUUUUUAAGACUUAAAGCAUUAUGUUAGGGAUUCUAUAUAUAAUAUAUAUGUAUGGUGGGUUUCCAAAGCUGCAUUUUUAUAUAAAAUAAAAAAUUGAGAUUUUGAUGUA